GUAGAAAAAAAAUCGUGCUUUCUUUAGAGGUGGAUCUUGUUCUUAUCCCCUCUUUUCACUACUUUCUUCUUCGUUAGUUCUUUACUCCAUUACUAGGGUUUCUUUCUCUGUUCAGUAGAAAUGGCUGAUGUUGAAUACAGAUGUUUCGUUGGUGGACUUGCAUGGGCUACCACUGACGAAUCACUAACCAAUGCUUUCGGUACUUUUGGGAAGGUCAUUGAAUCUAAGAUCAUCAAUGACCGUGAGACUGGAAGAUCCAGGGGUUUUGGGUUCGUCACUUUCGGUGACGAACAAUCCAUGAGAGAUGCCAUUGAAGGAAUGAACGGACAGAACCUUGACGGUCGUAACAUCACUGUAAACGAAGCUCAAUCACGAGGAAGUGGCGGCGGCGGUGGAGGCGGUGGCUUCCGCAGCGGUGGUGGUGGAGGAUACGGAAGUGGAGGCGGCGGAGGCGGCGGCGGCGGCUACGGUCAGCGUCGUGAAGGCGGUGGUGGUGGCUACGGUCAACGUCGUGAAGGCGGUGGUGGUGGUUAUGGAGGUGACAGAGGAAGCGGUGGUGGUGGCUACGGUGGUGGUGGUGGUGGCCGUUCAGAAGGCAGCUGGAGGAGUUAGGGUUUUGAUUCCCUAGUUAAAAUAAGACUCUUCGGGGUUUAUCUUUUUUAAUUUCAGUCGAGUUUGGUGUUAGUUAUGUUCUGGUUCUUGUUCUUGGUUCUAGGUAGUGUUUGAUGAUCUUCGAGUCCCUUCUCUAUCUAUGGUUGAUGGUUCAUGGUGCUACUGGUUCAUAUCUCUAUGAUCUUGUGUGGUAACGAUGCAAAGAAUAGCAACAGAGAUUAGUAGAGAUAUCUUUUUCAUUUGCGCUUUCA